UCCGUGGGCCGCCGGAGCCGCACGUCGGGCCGCCCUCCUCUUCCUCCCCACCGCCGCCGCCUCUCGCUAUGAAUGCACGCCGGGCCCUGCUCUCCGCCGCCUUGCUCGCCAGCCUCCUCUGGGAUUUACCUUGCUGCCUCCCGGCUUCCCUCCCUGCCUCCUCGGAGUUCGCCGCCUCUUCCAAAGGUGGUCGCAGCCGCAGAGCGCCGCGGUCCCCACGGGAGAGCCGCCCGCGGCAAGGGGGACACGCCAUGGACCGAGCGCUCCCACGGGCGGAACCCCACGAGUACAUGCUGUCUCUGUUCAGGACUUACUCUAUCGCGGAGAAACUGGGCAUCAACGCCAGCUUUUUUCAGUCGUCCAAAUCCGCCAAUACCAUCACUAGUUUUGUAGACAGGGGACGAGACGAUCUCUCGCCCGCUCCCUUGAGGCGGCAGCAGUAUGUGUUUGAUGUGUCGACCCUCUCGGAGACGGAGGAGCUCGUGGGGGCCGAGCUGCGGCUGUUCCGCCGGCUUCCCCGCGGCCGCCCGCCGCCCGCCGCCCCUCCGCACGUUCAGCUCUCCGCGUGCCUCUCGCCGCGGCCGCUGGACUCCCGCACCCUGGACCCGCGAGCGGCCCCGUCCGCCGGCUGGGAGGUGUUCGACGUGCGCCAGGGCCUGCGGGAGCAGCGGCCCUGGAAGCGGCUGUGUCUGGAGCUGCGGGCCUCGGCGGACCGCGGGUCGCGGCGCUGGCUCGAC